CGGGGGCGGCGCGGAGCGGGCGGUGACGGCGGCGGAGGCAGCGGCUGUGCCCGGGCCCCGUGCGUCUGUCCGCGCCCGGUGGAUGUGAAUCGGCGGCGGCGGCGGAGGAGGAGUCGGUGGGCCGGCGCCCGGCCUGUGGGAGCGCGGAGGAUGAGGCCGCUGCCGGGCGCUCCUGGCGUGGCGGCGGCCGCCGCGUUGUUGUUGCUGCUGCUGCCCCGGGCUCGGUCUGACGAGCACGAACACACGUAUCAAGAUAAAGAAGAAGUUGUUUUAUGGAUGAAUACUGUUGGGCCCUACCACAAUCGCCAAGAAACAUAUAAAUACUUUUCACUUCCAUUCUGUGUGGGGUCAAAAAAAAGUAUCAGUCAUUACCAUGAAACUUUGGGAGAAGCACUUCAAGGAGUUGAAUUAGAAUUUAGUGGCCUGGACAUUAAAUUUAAAGAUGAUGUGAUGCCAGGCACUUACUGUGAAAUUGACUUAGAUAAAGAGAAGAGAGAUGCGUUUGUGUAUGCUAUCAAGAAUCACUAUUGGUAUCAGAUGUACAUAGAUGACUUACCAAUAUGGGGUAUUGUUGGUGAAGCAGAUGAAAAUGGGGAAGAUUACUAUCUUUGGACCUACAAAAAACUUGAAAUAGGCUUUAAUGGAAAUCGAAUUGUUGAUGUUAAUCUAACUAGUGAAGGAAAGGUCAAGCUGGUUCCAAAUACUAAAAUACAGAUGUCAUAUUCGGUAAAAUGGAAAAAAUCGGAUGUAAAAUUUGAAGAUCGAUUCGAUAAAUAUCUUGAUCCAUCCUUUUUUCAGCAUAGGAUUCACUGGUUUUCAAUUUUUAAUUCCUUCAUGAUGGUGAUCUUCUUAGUGGGAUUAGUUUCAAUGAUUUUAAUGAGAACUUUAAGGAAAGAUUAUGCCCGAUACAGUAAAGAAGAAGAAAUGGAUGACAUGGACAGAGACCUAGGAGACGAGUAUGGCUGGAAGCAGGUGCAUGGAGAUGUGUUCAGACCGUCAAGUCACCCUCUGAUCUUCUCCUCCCUCAUUGGCUCUGGAUGUCAGAUAUUUGCUGUGUCUCUCAUUGUUAUUAUUGUUGCCAUGAUAGAGGACUUAUAUACAGAGAGGGGGUCAAUGCUCAGCACAGCCAUAUUUGUCUAUGCUGCUACAUCGCCAGUGAACGGGUACUUUGGAGGAAGUCUGUAUGCUAGACAAGGAGGAAGGAGAUGGAUAAAGCAGAUGUUUAUCGGGGCAUUCCUUAUCCCAGCUAUGGUGUGUGGCACUGCAUUCUUCAUCAACUUUAUAGCCAUUUAUUACCAUGCCUCUAGAGCCAUUCCUUUUGGAACAAUGGUGGCCGUUUGUUGCAUCUGUUUCUUUGUUAUCCUUCCUCUAAAUCUCGUUGGUACAAUACUGGGUCGAAAUCUGUCGGGUCAGCCCAACUUCCCUUGUCGUGUCAAUGCCGUGCCUCGUCCCAUCCCGGAGAAAAAAUGGUUUAUGGAGCCUGCAGUUAUUGUUUGCCUGGGAGGAAUUUUACCUUUUGGAUCAAUCUUUAUUGAAAUGUACUUCAUCUUCACGUCCUUCUGGGCAUAUAAGAUCUACUAUGUCUAUGGCUUCAUGAUGCUGGUGCUGGUCAUCCUGUGCAUUGUGACUGUCUGUGUGACCAUUGUCUGCACAUACUUCCUGCUAAACGCAGAGGAUUACAGGUGGCAGUGGACGAGUUUCCUGUCUGCGGCGUCGACCGCGAUCUACGUUUACAUGUACUCCUUUUACUACUACUUCUUCAAAACCAAGAUGUAUGGCUUAUUUCAAACAUCAUUUUACUUUGGCUACAUGGCGGUGUUUAGCACAGCCUUGGGGAUAAUGUGUGGAGCAAUCGGUUACAUGGGAACAAGUGCCUUUGUUCGAAAAAUCUAUACUAAUGUGAAAAUUGACUAGAUAUCUGAGACAACAUGGAACUUCGGAUCAGUUUCUCUUUCAUGAGGGUGGAACUUGCACAGAAAAGAAGAAUAAUCGCAAGAAGAGAUUUGGGCUUAACACUGGGUACUUUGUGGGUCUCUUUUGUGGAUGGCUUCAAGUAACAUCUAUUUCCAUUGAUCCUAGGUUCUUACUGACUGCUUUCUCCAGCUGUUCACAGCAGAUGCUUGGAUUUUAUGCAGUAGGCUUUACUACAGUACAUGGCUAAUCUUCCCCAAACUAGCUCAUUAAAGAUGAAAUAGACCAGCUCUCUUCAGUGAAGAGGACAAAUAGUUUAUUUAAAGCAUUUGUUCCAAUAAAAUAACUAGAGGGAAACUUGGAUGCUAAAAUUCCAUAAGUAGAAAAAUCUUCCUGGCACUUGGUGUUUCUAUGUUAUUGAAAAAUGAUGUUCCAGAAAGAUUACUUUUUCUUUUAUUUUUACUGCCAUUGUUGAUGUGUUGUGGGACAUUUUUAUAUAUUGAACCUGGGUUCUUUUUUGAUCUGUUUUGGUCGUCCCUCCAUUCAACUGCAUCUUUUUUUUUUUUAAAAACAAAAUUAAAAGCUAUUCAAUUCUGCAUGGAAUAUAUCUGCUGUCAUCUUAAUCUUAGUUUGGAUCAACCUCAUUUAUUUAUCUUAAAAUUAACCAGCUUUCUCAGUUCCAUCCAAAGAAGAUACAGUAUGAAAGUAGAGGUGCACUCUCUAUAAUACAAUCUACUGUACAGUUAGCAAGCGAAGUGUUAAAUGGAGAAGAUGCUUGUUUUUAUUAAACAUUUGGAGAUUUAGAUAAUUUACAUUUUAACUGAAUGUCUAAAGUGAUUAUCUUCCCCUCCCUCCCCCAAGUUAAUCUUCCAUCUUUGUUUUUGGGUUUCAAUGAAGGCUUUACAUAAGAAAUUAUUAAACAAAACAAGGGGGGCAAUAAAUGUAUAUAACAUUAAUAAUGUCGCGUAGGUGUAGGUUCCUGGAUGCAUUUGGAUGUACAGACUGACUGGGGGACUGUAUUGCGAUGAUGAUUGGUGUAGAAACGUAUGGGUCUGGGUGGCCUUUUACAUCUUGCCUACCAUUGCAUGAAACAUUGGGGUUUCUUCAAAAUGUGUGUGUCAUACUUCUUUUGGGAGGGGGUUGUUUUCUUCUUUUAUGAAACUCCUACUGGAGCUCAAUUUGUAAUUUAGAAACAUUUAAUUUUGUUAAUCCUGUCUGGGACAUUUAGGUAACAUCUAAAGCAUUAUUGCUUUAGAAUGUUCAAAUAAAAUUUCCUGACCAAAUUGUUUUGUGACAGUAGAUGUGUUUAUAAUUUGAAGAUACCUGCUCAGAAGGCCAUAUUAUAGAAUGUCAUUUUUAAAAAAUAAAAUAUAAAGCAUACUUUCGAAAUACAAAGGACACUCAUUACAACCCCCAAACUCAGAUCCAGGUAUGAUAGUUUAUGCCUAUAAUCCCAGCACCAGGGAAGCUAAGGUGGAAGGUUGUUUGAGUUUGGAACUGGGCUAGAGAGUGAGUUAUUGCUCACUCUGAGUUCUGCGCUACUCUGGGGGACUCUGUUUCAAGGGGAAAAAAAGAACAGAGUCUGACUGCUUGGCUACGUACAGUAUAAGUAUUUCCUUUCUGUGACAUUGUGACAUACAAUUUAAACACUCAUUGGGCUGCUGUGCUGUGUAAAGAAAGAGGGACUGCAGUGUAGCUCCUUUAGUGGUGAGACAUGAAGGCUGUGGCAAUCUCAAGAAAUCAUUUUAAUUUGUACAUAUAUUUUCAGGUUCUGCCCACACUGUGAGGUUUUUCUAGAAUCACUGAGUUUCUGAUUUAGUAGUUUGUUCUGUAGAUCCCCAAAGCUGUGCUGUGUAUUGGUGGUUUUAGAAAGACUCAGCUCAUGAGCUGUGUUAAACCUUAACAUGAGACUCAUAUAUUCAGGGUUACAUGAGUUACUUUUAUAAAUCGAUGACCCCCCACCCCCACCCUCACGUCUUACUCUGAGGUGUGUGACAUCUUUAGUGUGUGAGAUUUGGAUUCCUAACCUUAAGUGAGCUGUAAACAAUGUGAAUGGAGCUCUGGCCAGUCACCUUUAACCCAGCAGCUUGGGUUCAGUGUCACCUACGGAUUAUUUCUCUUUCUCGCCUGCCCUUAGGAUCUUAAGCUAAAGGGCACUGUUUAUUUCAUGAAACCUUUAAACAUGUCAAAAUGUUUAGUAUAAGAACACUUAGUCUACAUGCUGGGGUGCCUAGCUUACACAGAGCCUGGGUUCAGUCCUUCACACUGUAUAAACUGGGCGAGACAGAGCAUGUUUGCAGUCCUAGCAUUCAGCAGGUAGAGACAGGAAGAUGAGAAGUGCAAAGUAGUCUCGGCUAGGUAGUGUCAGGACUAUCCUGUGCUCUAUGACAUUCUAUCUCUAAAAAUGAAGCAACACUUUUUCUGUUUAAUGAGUAUUAUGAGUUGGACAGCAAAUUUUUGUCUUAAUAAAAUGUUUUUCGUAAUCAUGCAGGUCAAGUGUAGGGUUGUCAGAGAACAUGGCGCUCUUGGGUGCACCUGUUUGUUCUGCUAGGUUUAGGUUGAGCUCUGGAGUUGUUUGAAGUCUGCGAUGAAAAAUAAUUUUUAAAAGUAUUAAGAACACUAAAAUGGAUUAGAAUUAUCUUAAAAGAUCCUUUAUAAAAUGACUUGUAUUGAUUGGUUUAUAACUUCACACAGGGGUGACAUAAAUGUAUAUCUUGAAAAAGAUAUAGGUCACAGGUGGCUUAACUCUCCCUAGUUCUCAGUAGAAUAGUUCAAACAAUAUUACUUAUGUUAAUUAGAAGGGGCUUUUGUACUCCAUUAAUGCUGUAUUUAGUUUACUAAUAGCUGCUCAGUUUGUCAGCUGAUAGUCUGAAUACUAUCAAAAACUAAGAACAUAGUUGAAGCAUGCUUCCUGAAAAUUAACUACAUUAGAAACUGACAUCCUUAUACUGGUCUCCCAAGUACAAAAGUAGGAAGAAGCCGUUAGGAGCUGGCUAGAGAGACUCUCGAGUGUGCUGGUGUGCUGUGUAGGCUCCCGGGCCACAGUGGCUGUGGAGAAGCCCAGGCCCUUAGAAGAAUCACUGUAUUUGCCACCUGUACCUCACGGCUGCUAUGCUUGCGUGUUUCCACUGACGAUGGGGCCUCUUUCUAAAGGCAGUUGCUGCAAAUUCCAGUUCUUCCAAAAGUCACUUGAUUUAAGGGUUAUCCACAAGUUGUGCUUAUUUUGAUAUAGCAUUUGUUUCCUAAAUGUUUACUAAUCACUUUAUGCCAAAUGUCUUGCAGAUGUUAUUUUUAAACUUAACUGAAUUUUUACAAAUAUAAAAAGGAAAAAGUAUAUUAGUGUAAUUUGUUUAGGAAUAGCUACAUACCGAAGGGCUUCUAUACAUGAAUUCUAGGGGCAAAAGCCUUUUGUAGAAACCUGCACACUGCAUUCCAUCUGGGUUUUAAGUUCAGAUGUGAACAUUUUUUAGUGCUUCUUUUUCUUUUACUUAAUGAACAUGUGAUAUGAGUAGUGAUGUGCAAAAGCACAGACGUUCAUGUUUUCUAUCAUGUAAAAUCCUGUAGUUAAGCUGUAUAUUAGCAGUGAAGGUGUUAGAGAGAUGAGAUGAUGGUUUGAAAGUGUGUUGAAGACUAGACUAGAUUUGCAGAAAGAGUAGGACAGAAGAGCGGCGCACACCUGCAGAUGUUCUGCAAGCCUUGCGGUCCAGAUGAGCAUGCCGGAAGGUUUCCUCAUGUAGCGUUCCCACUGGAGCUGUGUGCGCGGUGUGCAAAGGCGAAAAGAUAUGUCAUAGUUGCCAUAAAAGAGGCUGAUUGUGAAAUUCUGGUGGACUAGGCAAGGUACAGUUUAUGGUUAUCCCCAUCAUCAGCUUAGGUCACUUGAACAUGUGUAAGUGGUAUAAGUAGGAGCUAAAUGCCAGGAGGAAAAAGGUUCUCGAAGAACAGCAGAGUUUUCCUGUAAAACCAGUCUCAUUUGGGCUUCUCAUCUGUGCUCACCUUGAACCUACAAACCUCCAUGGACAGUCAGCAGGUGGGAAGACAUGGUGUUUGCCCAUAUCACUUCCAUUUUGUAUACACUCUGGAUUUGUGUAGGCUGUAUUCCAGUUGGCUUUUUAGUAAUAGAAAUCCCUCAUAUGAUGUAUCAGAUACAAUUGAGGUUCUAAUCUAGUCUGUUAAUUUAUCUGAAAUUGGAUUUUUUUUUAAAAAAGUAAUAAAAAAUUAAAUACUUCCCUUGGA